UUGGUAAAGGUGGGAGGGGUUGACACAGAGAUGUAGCCUACAGGACAGAACACUACUCAUGCUUGCUUCAUAAACCUCCAAACAUUUUUGCAACCGCAGCUGUCGUGGCGCGCGCGUGGAGCGAGGAGGUGCGCUCCUUCUUGAGUGGCUAUGUUGAAUCUGGCACGGACUUUCUCUUUGCGCUGACCAGCGGUCGCCGAGCUCCUCAUUUUCCUCGACAAAAUUACGAAAUGUUGACGCACCCCCCCUCCAGAAGGUCGGUUUCAAGAGGACAUUAAAGACGCCGCUCAUUUACCAUGAGCUGUUUGGAUGUUAUGUACCCAGCCUAUGGACAUUACGCACCGUACGCACCGACCGCCUCUGCUUUUGUAAAUAGGUUACAGGCUCCCACUGGUCUGAGCAGCACUGCACCCCACAGCCGGCAUUUUAUGGACAAUCCCGGCGUUUCCGAAGGAAUGUCUGGGGGCCCAGGCACCACUUCCUCAUCUUCUUCAACGAGCUCUUCUUCCUCUCUGUACAACCCUGCCACUUCCAGGCCGGAGGAGGGCCCCAAGGAGAAGCAGGAGGCCCCCGAGGCAGAGUAUCUGACGUCUCGCUGCGUGCUCUUCACGUACUAUCAGGGGGACAUCAGCAGCGUUGUAGAUGAGCACUUCUCCAGGGCGCUCAGCUCCUACAUGGACGGAGAGGGCAAGCGACGGGCGCCUCCUCAGGGAACAGACUCCAACUCCCCGAGCAGUCGAAGGAGCUUUCCUCCAUCGUUCUGGGACAGCAACUACUCCUCACCUCAAAGCCGCCCCCACUGUGAAACGGGGGCACCCUCGUAUUCUAUGGAUCCGUACGCAUCCGGGCUGCACCCAGGUCUUCCCCACCCUCACACCCACCCUCACCCACAGCCUCAUCCUCACUCCCACCCGCCAGAGAACUGGGGAUACCCCCAAGCCCAAGCCUACGGCCCGCCCAGGCCCCUUCAUGAACUGUACUCCCCGUCGGCUCUGGAGCCCCACUACGGGCCCCUGCUCAUGCCCACCGUGCGGCCGCAUCACCUUCCAACCUUACCGGGUCACUAUGAAGUGAGCAAGCUGGAGCCCACCGCCUCCUGGCCCGGGCUGAUUCCCCCUGGAGAUGUGAGCCAGACUCUGGCACUCAACAUGGACGCAGGCCUCCAGCAGCACAAGAAAGGGAAGGAGCUCUACUGGUUCUAACGAGCCCUUCAGUCACACUGACCAGCCAUUACCAGAUCCAAUUAGUCGUUGGGCCUGCUCUGCUAUUGAAGCAGCGUGUCCCUUUAUCCCCCCUCCCGAUCCCUGCCGAUCCCCCCCCUGUCUCUGCUCUCAGCCUUCCCCUGCCAGUUACACAGCCUUGCUCCAGGUUGACAUGUGUGCACCAUGGAGAUAAAGCAGAGGAGGUGUGCUCUCUCGUUCUCACAUCGCCUCCAUCCACUCCGUCUCCCGCUGCAGUUCAGGCCCUGGCGAGGCGGGAGCCGCGGUGACCUGUUUGGACUGAGAAACACAGGAUCACAACAGACUUGUGCGGCGGGAAGAGCAGCGGCGGUGGAAACAAGCAGGGAUUCCCACCACUAUUAUCACUGUCUCAUGUUCUCUGUUAGUGCAGCGGCAAUCCACUUAUCUGCAUUUCACAAAUGCAAACAUGUCCAAAGGCAGAAAUGAUGGUUUUGUGUUUUUUAUUAUAUUUGUUUUUAAACGAACUACAUAGUUUUUUCUUUUUUAUUUAUUGUUGUCAUUGUGCCUCUUUAAAGACCCACUCCAAUGA